CGGUGCACUUCUCCAUGGAAGAACUUUGAAAAGAAGGAUUUAAAACAGUUUCAGAAAAGAAGCCUCAUGGAAAGUAUUUUGCUGAAAGAAAAGAAAAAGUUACAGCUCCAUAGACACAGACUGCUACAAACUGAAAAUUGUGGAGGCAAGCAGUAAUCUCGACAAAACUACAAAGUUACCAAGCUAUUUUAGAAUAAAGUCAACACAUGGUUAUUCACAUUAAGGCUGCUGAAAGAAUGAGAUCUACGUUGAAAGAGGAUCAGGACUUCAUCCUAAAGGAUUGUGGGAGGGUCUGGAGGAUCUGUGGAUUGUUUUAGGAGGCUAUUUUAUUGAGGAGGCUUCAGCUGGUGUGUGUGGUAGCCAGGUGGUGGUGCCCCCCAAGGUGAGCGGUGUGCUGGGGAAGAAUGUGACUCUGAGCUGCAGGAUUCAAGUAGACUCCAACCUGAGUCUGACGCAGAGCUCAUGGGAGAGGCGCAUGCCGUCCGGCUGGGUCACUGUGGCCGUCUACAACCCCAUGUUCGGCAUCUCCAUCCAGCCCGAGUACGUACGCCGCCUGUCCUACCGCAUGCCCUCCAACCAUGACGCCACCAUCGUCCUGGAGGAUGUGGGCUUUGCAGACAUCGGCGAAUACACGUGCAAGGUGGCAACUUUUCCUUUAGGCAACACUCAAGCCUCCACCACCCUCAGUGUCCUCGUGGAGCCAAAGGUGUACAUAUCCGCCGGUUCCACAGCUCUGUUAGAUGGAGGAAAUCUGACCACUGUGGCUACUUGCAUUGCCGAGCGUGCUCGUCCCCCAGCCACUGUCUUCUGGGAGUCAGAUCUGUACGGCACAUCGGAGGUGCACAUCCAGGAUGACAGCAAUGGCACCACAACCACACAGGUGCACUACACCUGGGAGCCCACGCGCCACGCCCAGGGUGACACCCUCACCUGUGUGGUGAAACACCCAGCCCUGCCCAGUGAAUUCAGGAUGCCUUACAUCAUCAAUGUGCAGUUUGCUCCGGACAUCCUGCUGCUGGGCUAUGAUGGGGACUGGUAUGUGGGGAGGGAGAACGUCCAGCUGAAGUGCCAAGUCAAAGCUAACCCACCGGCCCACCACUUCCAAUGGAUCAGGCUGGACGGGGAGAUGCCAGAUGGAGUGAGGGUGGUGAAUGAUUCCCUGACGUUCCUGAGACCACUGCAGAGGAACGACUCCGGUGUGUACAGGUGCGAGGUGGGAAAUAACAUCGGCCUGCGCACCCGCGACCUCAGGAUCCGUAUCCAAGAUCCUCCUUCCACCACCACUAUGCCUCCCACCACCCCUGUGCUCCCUCUUAACGCCGAGAUCUCUGUCACAGCGCCUGGCAAUAAGCAGCGGGCCCUCUUCACCUCCCCGACCCUGGCGCCACUGCACGAAGGCAACCUGGGCACCAUUGUGGGCGGGGCGGUGGGCGGAGCCCUUUUCCUGUUGCUGCUUCUGGUGCUUGGUGGAGUUUACUACCAGCGGCGGCGACGCACGUUCCGUGGAGACUACUACACCAAGCAGUACCUGGGGCCUUCAGACAUGCAGAAAGCACCGCCGCCUCCACCACACGAGCUUCACAUCUACUCCAAUGAGGCAGACAGGGCCAGUCCUGACACCAAGCUCAAGUCCUGCCAUGACGUCAAUGGCACCAUCCUGUCUGACAAAGACCGGGAGGAGUGGGGCGGCUUCGAGCGGGAGAGAUCCCCGAAUGGCCGCAGUAGAGCUUUGCGAGAGGCCAACACCCAGCAAAACCUCCAGAACCAUCACAACCACAAUCAACAGCAGAGCUACCAACCUAACCACCACCCAACCCCCCAGCCCAACCACCAACCAGACCACCAGAGCUUCCUCAGCGGCCCGCACAAGCACAGGAGCUCGCUGCAGCCUGAGUCCCGCAGAUACCCUGGCCCUCAGGUGAUGGGAAACGGCUCCCCCUUCUUGACGGAGGACUGCUAUGACAGUGACUACGUGUCACACACAGAUGGCUCCAUGAUCUCCCGUCGGGAAUGGUACGUCUAACCAGGAAGGCGCUGCAGAAACAGACUGCUUACAACCCUCCGCAGAAGACGUCAAACUUGCAAAAGAAUAUGAUGGUAGAAAUAGAAAAUGUACUGAAGAAAAAAACGAUAAAUAGAAAAGCACCUCUUGCACCUUUUUUUCCAUGCUUCUACUGUUUUGGUGUGACCUUUUUUUUGGUUGAUGUAAAGGAUGGGUAGCAAAAAGAGAAAAGUACACCCUGAGUUGCCUGUUUAUUAGGAACCCCUGCCUUUUCUCUGCACUUAUUGGGCAUUUUAUCAGGUCCACCUACCAUUCAAGUAUCAUCAAGCACCCUACAGUGUUCUUAGUUAAUGUUGCUCCAUAUAAUACUGAAUAACAGAGGGUUUCUUCUAGCAAGCAAAUAAAUAAAUAAAUACGUAAUUUAUUCCACAAACGCUAGAAUUGUUAACUAUCCAAAGAACCCUUAUUCUAACAGAUUUAGAUUCUAACUGUAGCACAUCUACAGCUGUAGAUGUUUCCAGACUCCUUUUCCCAGUCCAUCAAGUAGUCCAUCAGCCACCAUAGCACCAUCGCUGGUCUGUGGACUUUUGUGUGCUACAGCAAUAGGGUUUUAUGUGAUGAGUGAUUAGAUUACAGUGGUCCCUUUUUACUGAGCGAUACUGAGAGAUAACAAGCUCCAGUCAGUAUUUUGACACUGAAGUGACCUGGUUGGAAGGUGAACCUGAUCAACUGUCCAGUUUUUGUAAAUACAGGUAGAGUUAGCCUAGGGCAAAUUUUCAUAUCUAAAUAUGCUCAGUGGUCACUGAUUUAAGUUAAUAUUUCUAUGUUAAUAGCUGAAAAUAUCCUACUUCCAAUUACAGCGAGGCAGCACUGUACACAAUCCGUAGAGCUCUGUUAUUUCAAAAAGGACAGGUGAGUGUUUCAGACAGCUCUCCCAUGAUGAAACGGUGAACUUUCAGUAAUAUUGAAGUUUUAAUAGAAACAGAAAUUAGCUCUUGUCAACAGUCUGCCAUCUGGUGCGGUUACCAUGGCAAUGCUUCAACAUCCCUCCCCUCAGGCAUUAAAUGGAGUGAGCUGUAGGAACAGUGCUAGACACAGGGAGGACUUGGCACACACACAAACCACUCUACAUACAGAGAGCAAGUGGCUGCAGUGUGUUCAUGUACCAAAACUUGAGUGUUCAGAUGUACAUUUUGUUUAUCACAACCAUUUGCUUACACUGCCCAGUAACGUUGAUCAUCAAUGUGUAUCAGUGACCCUUAGUUUAGAUUACGCUAGUUCUUAUAAAAUCUCUUCUUUUAGUGCCUUUCUUCUUGUGUUGAACACGAUCUUAUCAGUUAGCAUGUUUGUUUCUGGAACAUUUUUUUCCAAGCACAAUGUUCUGAUAUCUCCGGUCAGACCCUCCCUCUUCUUCCACUCCUGAGCCUCCACCUUGACAGGAAAGUGCUUGUUCCACUUCAUGAUUCAGUUCAUAAAUUGAGCUAAGUUUUCCAUAUUUAGCCGAAGGUGACCUUUUACGCAUAAGAAAGCACGCUUUGUAGUAUCGAGCAAGCUUAAAUUAGCUGCAGUAUUUAAAAGAUCCCUCAGAGAGGUGAAGCAUUCUUUCCUUUAAUUUCCUUAUUCUUAUAAAUAAAUAAAUCCACAGAUUGAAUGGAACAGAUGUAUGUAAUGAAUGGCUCUAAACCAUGACCAGCUUUCAGGAAAUGGUUUUAUUUUUCUUCUAAACCAUAACAAAAGUUACGAGGUCACAGAUUUCCAAAAUUUUAGUUCAAAUUAAGUCAAUAAACGAAUCUGAAAAAGAGUUGGAUGUAAUCAUGCAACUAAGAAUAUGCCCACUUUUGAAAGGUCACUUAUUUGUUAUAUUUAAGGAUGGUGCAGCAUGUGUCCAGUCAGCCCAGUCAGCCUCUGAUUGUAGACUCCAUUUAGGGUUGUUUUUUUUUUUUUUUUUUUUUUAAACUUUGGUGUACUUUUUUUUUCUUCUGGAUGAUGCUCAAAAUCAUCAUCAGAUCCUGUGUAAAGAGGAUGUGUGAUUUGUUAGCAGUUGACCUUUCUCAGUGUGAUCAAGCCUUAAAGUGUCAACAGUUAAAUGUUUAAGUGAAGCUUAAUGCAGUCAAUAUUUUUCAUCCGGGUUUUCUGUUCUCCUCUGUACGGAAGCCGACUAAAUCGCCCGGAAGUGGCUGUUCAAGAUGGCAUCUCAGGACAGGAGAAAUGGCAGUGAUCGGUUAAAAAGAAUGUUGAUCCGGGAACAUGUGCUCCUUAAUGUCUGUAAAUGCACAUCAUUAGUGUUAAACCUUCACAGUAUAUCGAGUGGAUGAGUUCUCCGUCUAGCAGUGUGAUUUUUUCCACAGAUUCCUAACACCUCAGUCCCACAUCUGUGGUUUUGGUUAAUAUGAGUUUUGCUGACUAGGUUAAACAGAAGAGUAAUAAUUAUUAGUUCUAGGUAUCACAGCUGUGUCCAGGUCAGGGAGAUGAGAGCAGUGCCUUAUUGUGAAGAUGUAGUUUAUUCCAGUGGCGUUCUAAAGGCGUGUUAUAAUGAUCUGUUUGUGAAUGUACGUGUGUUUUUGAGUGUUGAAUAAGGUGACCAGUGCAGGUGCGUUGCUGAGCGUCCUGUAUGGUCCUGGACUUCUCCGGUUCUUCCAUUUGCCUUUGCCACUUUAGAAGACCUUUGUCUAUUUGUGCCAUUACUUGUAUUGUAUUUUUUUUUCCCCUGAAUAGUCAGACAAUAGCAUAUUUUGCUCACCAAAAUAUGACAUUUGUGACACUUGAGUUGCAAUGCAUUUAAAUAAAAAAAAAAAAAAAUAAAUAAAAAAAAAGAAU